CACAGAUCUGAAGGAUGUCUCCUCCACAUCUAUGCAUGGUAUGUGUGUUUACCCUGUUCUGUCUGUCAGGACAAGUGUGCCAGUUAACUUACCAAAUAGCAAUUCAAAUGCAGAGGCGGACUGACAACUCAUGGGACCCCCGGGCAAUAGGGGAUCAUAGGUCCCCUGUGCCCUUGCCCAAAUUCAAAAAAGCCUAUGAAAAAGGUACCAGGGGCAUCUCAUGGGGCCCCAAACUGACUCCGGGCCCUCAGGCAGUGCCCGAGUUUCCAAAUGGUCAGUCCGCCCCUGUU